CUUGUUUUAGGCAGUGAAGGACGCGGUCUCUCACAUCAAGCGUUGAAGUCAUGUGAACUUAUUGGCAUUCCAAUGGCAGUAACUGAUAGAGUUAAAUACUGAAGCCAUGGAAUCCCUACUGAGGUUUGGUUAUCUGCAGUCUUGCUCAAGUUGAAAAGCUAAUUGUUGAAGGAGGAAGGUGAAGAAUGGAAUGUCUACAUGGCUGAGAAGGGGGAGUUUCCGGCCGGCAGCGAUGUCGACGGUUACGACGGGUUUGUUAUCAGUGGAAGCAGCAGCGACGCGCAUGGGGAAGAAGAAUGGAUCAAGAGUUUGGUAGAGUUGGUGAGAGUACUUGAUGCUCGGAAGAAGAAGGUUUUAGGGGUUUGCUUUGGUCAUCAGAUAAUUGGGAGAGCAUUAGGAGGCAAGACAGGAAGAGCAGCCAAAGGAUGGGAUAUAGGGGUGACUUCCAUUAAUCCCUCUUCUAACUUGAGCAAGUUUUUCUCUCCACUCGAAGCCCCCUCUCAACUUUCCGUGAUUGAGUGCCACCGCGACGAGGUGUGGGAGUUGCCGCCGUCCGUCGAAGUAUUAGCUCGAUCAGAUAGGACGGAAAUUGAGAUGUUCAAAUUCGACGAUCAUAUCAUGGGAAUUCAAGGUCAUCCCGAGUACACCAAAGAUGUCCUUUUGCACCUCAUCGGUCGCCUUCUUGAUCUCAAUCUCAUUCAGAGAGAGCAUGCUGAAAAUGUGAAGAAGGAAUUGAAUGAGAGAGAGCCAGAUAGGGAAGCUUGGGAGAAGCUGUGCAGAGGGUUCUUGAAGGGGAAGUUAGAGAUGAACCAAUGAACAAAGUUGUAAUUUAGGAGAAG